GCAAAACACCAGAAUCCACUUUCACCAACCAACAUUAUACAGAACCAUCCAGAAAAAAUACAUACAAUUCUCUCCUCUUCUUCCUCCCCUAUAUAAGUGCCAUCUCUUCCCUUCCAUUCCUCAGUUGAGUCAGAUAAAUAACACUCAAGAAGGCACUUGAAGAGAACUUUGGGAUUUUGGUUCAGAAUUCGUAAGAGAUGGAUAAGGUAAGAGUAAUCUUGAUGAGCUUUCUCGUAUUGGCUAUAGCGGCAGCACUUUUACCAACCAAAACUCACGCAUUGGUACCCUACCCCCGUUCCAUAUUCGACAUGAUGUUCCCCCCGGAGGACCCUUUCAAGAUCCUCGAACAAACCCCUCUUGCCGUCCCUAAAGGAGUCGAAACCCUCGAUGCCCUCGCUUUAGCCCGGGCCGACUGGAAGGAAACUCCCACGGCCCACAUAAUCUUCCUCGACAUUCCCGGAAUGAAGAAAGAGGAUGUAAGUAUAGCGGUGGAGGAGAACCGGGUUUUGCGGGUUAGCGGGGAGCGUAGGACGGAGGAGGAAGUGAAGGACGAGAAGUGGCACAGAGCGGAGAGAACUACUGGGAAAUUUUGGCGCCAGUUUAGGCUGCCGGCAAAUGCAGACACGGAGAAUAUUAAGGCACAUUUGGAGAAUGGAGUGCUGAGGAUUACUGUGCCGAAACUGGCAGAGGAGAAGAAGAGGGAGCCAAAGAUGAUUAGCAUUGCCGAAGAAGGGAAUUCCGGUCAGGACAUUAAGGCUAACAAGGCUGAACUGUAGAGAGAAAUAAUACUAUGUGACUGUCUAUUGCUGUUUUGUUUAACUAAAUGUGGUUUGAUGCAGAAUGUAAGAAUGAUGUGUAAUUUUGUCAAUGUUUUUGAGUGUAAAAUUUUCUGUGCUUGAAUAAACUGAAGGAUGUUGCUUUAUUUGAA